AUGGAUCGAGUUCCGCGCGUUUACAACGAUGCAGUACUCGCCAAGCUCGAUGUACUUGCUGAUGAGCUAGAGCGCUUUUCCACUGCUGGGGCGAUAGCAUUUUGGUCAAAUAUUGUCCAUAGUAAACCCUGUCAAAAGUGUUUAGUCUCGUGCGCUGAGAACCUACCGAGGCUAUAUGAGAUGAAAUUCAUCGUGGACGAAUAUAGGGAGUCUAUCAAGAAGCUCUCAAUCGUGUUGCGAAACAUCUUCAUGCGGGUCGUUUCUCAGAAGGAAAUCGAAGAUACAGCUAGCCUAGAUUUGAGCUCGUUCCUGGAUCUUUACGUGAUAUCAGAUCUUGCCAGCAACUUUGGCCACAUUCCAUCGUUCAAAAAGGGGCUCACAAUUCUCGUCAGUCGGACGAAAAAUCUUCCUGCUAAAAUAUACGACUACGAAGUUAUGGCCAGUUCCGCUCUGAAUGAUGUGAUCGAGAGAUUUGAAGUUGUGGACAAGCUCAAUACCAAAGGAUUAGUAGACCUGUACUCAUCUGGACUCGAUAUUAUCUGCAGCUUGCAUUCGUUAUCAAUAGCUGAUCCAAGGAUAGCAGAACUCUUGGCGGAGCCAUUCGACGACCCAGAAUCCAAAAAGAGCGAUUUCUCUUGCAUACUUUUCUCCCUGAAAUUCACCCAGACCGUCUUUACUAGCCGCUUUCUCAAAGAAAAAAUAUACGAAGAAGACGCUGAAGUUUUCCUGCUUCUUUGCCACGCUUUGCUAAGCCACAAAGUCUUCCUCUGUGAUUUGAAAGAAUAUUUGAGCUUGUUGGACAUCAUGCUAAAGAUGAAGUCGGCAUUUCCUAAAACUGUGAAAGAUGAUCAAGUCAAGUGGUUCAUGGAAGAUGCCAAAGAAGCUUCAAAAGCGCCAAAAGUGAAAAUGAGUGCAGAAGCAAGUCAGAUUCGAGAGAUCUACCCUGAUCUCGGAUCUGAGUUUAUCUCGAAGCUGCUCGCCUACUACAAAAAUAACGUACAAGAAGUGAUGAUUGCUCUUCUCGAAGAAAACCUCCCACCGCAAUUGGCAAGUCUUGACCGAACAGCCGAAACGAAGGUCGAACCUGAGAAGCCAAAACUAGUCAUCCCCGGACUUUACCACAAAAAGGCAAAGACGAAGCGAGUGGAUCACGCGAAGGAGGAAGAGGAGCGACAAUACAUUCGAAAGAUUGCAAUGAACUAUCAGUACACUGAAGAUGUGGAAAUUGUUGAAGUUGCAGAAGACGAGACUGGCGCUAAAUAUCAAACGUCGAAGGAAUACGGCGACGAGUAUGACGACACAUACGAUGACGCGAUUGAACUUGGGGAGAAAGUCGAGUAUGACGUCGUCAAGCCGGCGGAUCUCGCAAUCGACUCUGAUCUUCAAAAGAACUCCAACCACCAGAAUCUCAUCAAACGAAAAGCGAAAGGGCGAGUACAAGACGAGGCUGAAAGCAACUCAUCUGACUCCCGACCACAAUCGAGAUCGGAUCGGGUCUCAGCUCCUGUCAGCGCAAGCGCUUACUACAAACAAGUUUGGCAAGAAAAGCACAAGAACGAGAAAGAGCCUGGUGGCCCUCCCCCACCAAAGGGAAAGCUAACGGAGGAUGCUACUGAUUUGCAGAAGCGGCAAAAGGACGUCAACAAAGCGCGUGUCGGAAAUCACAACCGAAAAAAGAUGGCAAUGAAGAAGCAAAGUAGAGGGAUGACUUCAAACGAAUAG